AUGAUUUUCUCGGUAGUAAAUGUAUUUGUAAUUUACUUAAUAACAACUAUUCAAGCGAAACCCCAAUAUAUUGUCGAUGUCAUAGAUGUCGAGUGGAAUGUAACAUCUAAUAAUAAUUGUGACAUGGCCUGGCAGAUUUCACAACCUACACGUGGAACUUUUGCUGUUACUGGAUUUCUUGAUUUUAAAGAAGACAUAAAUACAGACAAUGCCAAGGGUUGGGUUAAUAUCUACUAUAGUUCCAAUGCUAUUUCCUAUAUGUUGACACCCUUCCGUAUACCACCUACGGUCUUUACGGAUGGAGUAAAUUUUCUUUAUAAAAAUUAUCUAAUGGACUCGGUAAAAGAAUGUUGCGAAAAUCCCAUCGAUUUCGAAGAUAAAUUUGUUCAACCUUUAACGAAACGUCGUAUGAUUUGCGAAAACUGUUUACUGCCAAGCGAUAAUUUUCCCUCACACAUGCGCAUGGGAUUCUAUAAGAUGGAGGGUAUAUCAGCUGGUGAAAUUGCUUUCGCUAUGACAUUGACAGUUAAAGUGGAGAGAGAAUAAGGUUGAAGUUUUUCGAAUUGGAUUGUAAAUAAAAGGAUAUGUGUGUUAAAUUUUAAAGUG